UUGUGCAUCUGGUUAAUGUGAGUCCUGGGGAAUCAAACCUGGGUCCUUUGGCUUUUCAGCACUGCUACCUAUGAUGGCAGGUCACGUAGACAAGGAAACAGUGGGACCCAUAGUUAUGCCCUGCUUCUCCAGUGAGGAGUCCUUCACAUCUCAGUACACAGUCCUGAAGAACAUAGGUCAGGGCAGCUAUGCCCCAGUAAAGCUGGCCCACCAUCAUCUUACUGGCACCCCAGUGGCCGUGAAAGUCCUGCUGAAGGAGCAAGAGACUUCCCUUCCACUUGGCUCUGAGGUGGAAAUAAUGAGAAUGAUCGACCACCCAAACGUCAUCGCCCUCAUCCAGGUCAUCGAAACCCAACACAGGAUUUACUUGAUCAUGGAACUGGCCGAUGGAGAGACCCUCCUGCAGAGCGUCAAUGAGUUUGGCUACUUGGUGGAAGAAGCAGCCAGGAAACUAUUCCAACAAAUCCUGAAGGCCGUGUGCUAUUGCCAUGCCCGGGGCAUUGCCCACAGAGACUUAAAACCAGAUAACAUCAUGACUGACUUCAUGGGCAGGAUAAAACUCAUAGACUUCGGCAUGGCUGCCACGUUCCAGCCAGGGCAGAAGCUUGAUGGGAUCUGCGGCACUUAUGAGUUCAGUGCCCCCGAGCUGUUCAUCCACCAGUCCUGUGAUGCCUCCAAAGCCGAUAUGUGGAGCCUGGGGGUAACCCUGUACUUUAUUGUAACAGGGACCCUCCCAUUUAAAGCAGCCAGACCACAGGAGCUUAUGAAGCAGAUCAUGAAAGGAAAAUAUGACAUUCCUCAUCACUUGUCCAGAGAGCUACGGGAUAUCAUCAAAUGCCUGCUGACUGCCAACCCCAAGAAGAGGCCCACAGUGAAGGAAAUAAUGAGUCACCCAUGGCUUCACCAAGGCUACACAUCAGGUCGUGAUAACACCAUCCCCAGCUGCCCUGAUCGUAACAUCAUAACAGCCAUGGCCAGUAUUGGGUUUGACCCUCAAGAUAUCCUAGACUCCCUGCUACAGAGAACAUGUAGUGAAACUAUGGCUACAUAUUGCAUGUUCCAACUCCAGGCAAGCCACUUCGAAGACCUCAUAAUCCCAACUAACCCUCUGCAUUCAGGGGUGAUACUAUGCCCCUCCCCUACAGAUCCUGCCACCUUGCCCUUGGCACUGAAGAGGACUGUCAGUAUGCCUGAACUUCAGAGCUCAUCUUCAAAGGAUCGGUUGCCCAAGGACAGCCAGAAGGCAGUGGGGAGGGAUGGCAGAAGAGUCACCACAUCUGCCAUUCUCCUCUCUAGUGGGCAAAGGGUCACCACUCUUGACAAAGCCAUCCAGAGACCCACGAUUGCUCCCUGGACCUUCACACCAUACAGCAGUGGGGGUGACCCAGAGAAAACCAUGCUGCACCAGAGCACAACAAAGGAGGGCCAUGUCCACACAGAACCAGCCCCACAGUGGACCCUCUCCUUCUCCUGGGGCACGUCCAGAUACUGGAUGGUAUGGUCACGAAGGAUGUGGAAGAACAUCUUGAAACUGUGUUGCGUGUAUUGUAAAAACAUCCAUUAGAUGACACACCACCCGUUUCGGAAUAGAACCAUCCCACUGCAACAAGGGAGCACCAUUAGAUGGGCCAUCCAGGGUUUUCAACCUGGGGUUUUAUCUAUGCUUUUACUAAUGUCCUACUCCAUAUCACAGGUCAGAAUUAUGUGCAUUUAUGAGCAACGAUGGGACAUGUGGUUGUAACUAGACAGUUUAGGAAGGCUAAAUCAAGCCUAGCAACAUAACUUGCUCCUCAGAAUAUCUCACUGCCUCCUGCAUAUAGGAAUCCUAAAUGGUUGAAUGAGAAGUGAAUAGCUGAGGGGAGGAGAGAGUGGUUGUGAGGAGGACAUAGAGAGGAGGAGAGAGCGGUUGUGAGGAGGAAGUGAGAAGACAUAGAGGAGAGGAGAGAGCGGUUGUGAGGAGGAAGCGGGAAGACAUAGAGGAGGAGAGAGUGGUUGUGAGGAGGAAGGGAGAAACAUAGAGGGGAGAAGAGUGGUUGUGAGGAGGAAGCGAGAAGACAUAGAGGGGAGUGUUUGUGAGGAGGAAGGGAGAAACAUAGAGGGAAGGUGAGGGAGCAGGGAGACAAUUUCAGACAGGAAGACAAAGCUUGGAGAGCUAAUGAACAACAACGCAACCAAUCGGCAAUGAUGCCUUGUUUGGUUUUGUGAUUGUGUCCCUUUCAUAGGCCGCCAUGCACUUUAAGUGUCCACCCAGAGGAUGAGGAGCCCCAAAGGCCAUUCUGAUGAGCUGACACCUUACUCAACAGAUGCUCUUCUGCUCACCCCCACCCGGGGUACAUUUGUCCAGGUCAUGGAGACAGGCAUGGCCUUUCUAAAUGUGUCAUAAUAAAGUUGACGUGUGGGAAAGAUG